AUGGAGCGCCCCGAGUGGGCACACUUGAGCGGCCUGAGCGGCCAUGUGAAUAGCCACGGGUGGCUACGGCAACUCGCCAGACGGUGGAAUAAGCUGAUGCACAUCCUCCACGGGAACGGGUCCUCCGGCGCCCAGCCGGAGGUGUUUGCUAUUGGUGGCGAGUCCUCCGACGACCUCUCGCUGCUGGCCGUGGGGACGCAGAUUACUAUUGUUGGUUUGACGUCGGCGAGAGGCUCACCUCUCAAUGGCUUCUCCGGCACAGUCAUUAGCUAUGUGGAGGCGUCGCAGCGUUACGGGGUGCACGUGCCAGUGACAGGGGACGAGGUGCUGCUCAAGCGGGACAAUCUCCAGACCUCACUCGUGGAGGAGCACUGGCUGACGGACUACGACAUUACUCACGACGCUGGUGUGCCCCGGGCCUCAGUGCAGGGGGCGCGGAUCUUAUUGCGCCGAUACGGAUCUGCGAACCGGGUCAACGAGUGGAUGGAUAUCUAUAGGGAGUUUCUUAACCGCAGGCGGGCGUUGGUUAUGAACUGGGCUAUCUUUGUAUGGGCGUGCCUGGAGGAAGCAUCUAGAAUUGUUAUUGCGUGUCCCCGUGGUGUUGGCAUCCGUUACUCGCCGUCGCUGGACAAUUUACGACAGCACAUGGCUCGCAGCAGCGGCUUCCUCACCUUCGGUGGUGGCGCUACCUGGACUGAGAAGCGGUUCUUGGUACUACCGGUGGAAGACCAACAGGAGGCUGCGGACUACGCAUUUUCAAGCCUCGCCCCUGCAGAGGCUCUUGACCAGGCAGUUGCCGAGGUCGCGAUGGCCAUGCCCUCUGCGGAGGCCCAG